AUGAGUUUGUCGGAUAAAAUAAGCGACGAUCUUGAAAAAGAUCAUGGUCAUCACCUUUUGGAAGCUAUUCCGGAGGGACACAUCAGUUCAAUCAACAAGACUGGGUUAGAGCUUUAUGAAAAAGCUCAAGAUGUUUCUGAAGAAGAGGAUGCUGAAAUGUACAAAAAGAUUGUACGAAAAUUAGAUUAUCGAAUUGUUCCAUUGUUAUGUUUCACCUAUAUGCUCCAGUUUUUAGAUAAAUUGUCAUUAAAUUAUGCAUCUGCUUACACCCUUAUUGAAGAUUUAGGCUUAGAAGGACAAAGGUAUUCAUGGGUUGCUGCAGUUUUCAAUUUUGGGUAUUUAUUUUGGGCCUAUCCAGGAAACUACAUCAUCCAAAAAUUACCAGUGGCUAAAUAUACCUCGUUUAUGUUGUUUUCAUGGUCAAUUAUUUUGAUUGGUCAUGUUGGGUUGAAAAAUUACCCUGGUGCAUUGGUCAUUAGGUUCUUGUUGGGUAUGUUUGAGGCAGGCAUCAGUCCUUCAUGUAUGAUGAUUUGUGGUUCAUUUUACACCAUUCAGCAACAGCCUAUUCGAAUGUGUUUGUUUUUAUCUUUCAAUGGUAUUGCAACCAUGUUGGGUGCAUUAUUGGCUUUCGGAUUGGGACACGUUCAAAAUUCCACAGUUACUCAAUGGCAAUUGAUUUUCCUUGUUAUUGAUUGAUCAACUUUGUAUGGUCAAUUAUCUUCUUUUGGUUCUGUCUGUCCUGACUCACCACAAGCAGCCAAGUUUUUGUCGGCGCAGGAGAAAUCUAUUUUGAUUAAAAAUAUUGCUAAGAAUAACCAAGGUGUCAAGGAUCAAAAAUUCCAAAAGCAUCAAGCAUUUGAAGCGAUGAAGGAUACUACCGUGUUGAUGUUGGGUGCCAUUGGAUUGGCAAGUGGUGUCAUCAAUGGUGGAUCGUCAAAUUUUAUUUCAGCAUUAAUUAGAGGGUUUGGUUUCACAGGUAUCGAAACUACAGCAUUGCAAUUGCCAUUAGGUGCAAUUGAGUUGGUAUUCGUACUUGUGGGUGGUGUCAUUGCACUUAAGGUUAGAAAUACUAGAUGUAUUGUGUUAUUCGUGUUUUGCAUAGCUCCGUUAGGUGGAUUGAUUGGUAUUCAGACAAUACCUUUGGAGAAAAGGUGGGAUUUGGUUGGGUGUUCAUUCCUACAGUAUAUCAUUGGGGGUCCAAUUAUUAUGUGUUGGAUUUUGUUAAAUGCCAAUGUUUCGGGAAGUUCAAAAAAGACUACAGCAAACGGGUUGUGGUUCUUGAUGUAUGCUGCAGGAAAUAUCACCGGAGCUAAUAUCUUUUAUGCCGAUCAAGCACCAAAGUAUAGAUCAGGUAUUAUGGGAAUGUUAACAAGUUAUUGCGGAAUAAUGGCUUUGGCAAUCUUAAUUAGAUUGGUGUACAUGAGAAGAAACAGUUUGAGAGAUAAGGAGUUGGGUAAACAAACUCAAGAGCAAGCAGAGCAAGCAGUUUUGAAUGGGUUUAUGGGUAUGACCGAUUUUGAAAAUAAAGGCUUUAGAUACUCCUUGUAA